GAGCCAGGAGGCAAAGCCGGUGCCGCCGAAGUCGGGUUUAUUUUUAGUUUGCGGCCGGCACCGGAACUGGGCCCUCGGGAAGGGGGAAGAGGCAGGCCGGAGAGGCCAUGAUGCCUUCUCAGCCCCUCGGACGGCUCCUACGAUGGGCUCUGAGUCACCGCAGCGACGAGCUACCAACCGUCCAGAAACGGGUGAUGGUGGCUGGCCUGGGCAACUACACGUUCCCUGGUACCCGGCACAGUGUGGGCAUGGCGGUGCUGAACCAUCUUGCCUCCCAGCUGAACGUGGCUGACCAGUGGAAAACAGACAAGCGAUGCUGUGCAGACACGGCCGUGGCCCGUCUAGGAGACGCUGAGCUCUUGCUGAUGAAACCGCGCAAGUUCAUGAACCUGAAUGGGAUCUCCGUGGUCACCACUGCGGAAAGGUACAAUCUGGACAUUGAAGAUAUUUACCUGGUUCAUGAUGACUUGGAAAAGCCUCUGGGGAAGGUCUCCCUGAAACUGGGGGGCAGUGCAAGAGGCCACAACGGAGUCCGUUCCUGCAUCAGUUCGCUGCGCUCUGACCGCAUGGUCCGCCUCAGGGUCGGCAUCGGCCGUCCCACAGGGAGGGUGGCCGUGGACGACUAUGUGCUCAGCCCAUUCACCCGCACAGAGCAAGAGGUCUUACCGCACGUCUUUGAGCGCGCAGCCGUGAUCCUGCUGCAGCACAUCCAACAGAACUGCGGCCGAGAGGAGCCCCCCGGGCCCUGUGGAGGACUGGCCAGCCCCCCUCACAAGACAGAAGGCACAUCUUGAACUCACCUAUAAGACUGGCCAGUGAAAGCAGUCGGGGUGUGCGUGUCUUUGGACGGACCCAAGUCUGUGUGCGGUCGGCAGCCCUGAGCUAGGAAACGUGGGUUAGGGUGUCUGAGGGGCCAAACCAGGAUGAUCACGCCAUGACACAUGAACAGGGAGGGGGCUUACAAAAGCAGAGGAGAGGCUGAGGAUGUGGGCAACAAACACACACACACAUGCUGUGAUCAUUCGUUCUGUGUCCUAAGUUUUAAGGGAAAUGGAAAAUAAUUCUAGCUCUUGCAAAGUCCACGUUUGAACACUGGUGGCCGUAGUCAUUCCCGAUGGCCCUGCAUCGGUGAGCAGGCUUGUCGCGAUGAGAAAAUAUAACUUGCAGUUCUGCUGCCCUCAAA